AUUGUUAAUAUAUUCGCAAAAUAUCGCGAAUUCGAAUAUGGCCCCUGCCGCACAUCACUAAUCCAAACCUUGUCCUUAAAACACGUGGAGACCCAAGUGCACAUUCAUUGGCUGGAAAACACCAUGUGACGUCUGAUAGUCGUUUGCUCUCCAGUAGCCAAUUACAGUGCAGAGAGCAUAAAACUACAAGUCCCACAAUGCCCUGCGGUGACGGAGUACUUCCUGUGUCACCGGCUGCUGGAGGAGAAGAAAGGAAUCUAUGGGAGGAUUAUGAAACCUUCUAUGACCAUCGUCUUGUUACCAUGGAGACAGAGAGAUUCAAGAUGAAGGAGGUUAUACUGAGCCUCACCCUGGAGAUCAUCUACCUACUGACGGGGGAGGAUUUUAAACCAGUAAUGAAGUCAUCAGGUGACUGUGCGACCCCCAACAGCAGCCCCCAUGUGUCAGGAGGAUGGAGCAGGGCCCGGGGCCCCAUCACAGAGCCUCCACCACACUCAACAAUACCUGAGAGGAACAACAAGCAGAAGAUCCUGGAUCUCAUCCACAAGUUGUUGCAGCUUCUUACUGGAGAGGUUCCUAUAAGGUGUCAGGAUGUGGCGGUCUAUUUCUCCAUGGAGGAGUGGGAGUAUGUAGAAGGACACAAGGAUCUGUACCAGGACAUUAUGGAGGACCCCCGGCCCCGCACAUCUCCGGAUGGAUUUGGAAACAAAGAUGAGAAAGAAGAAGAGAAUUCCAACACAUCAUCACUGAGCCACCGAGAACAUGAGGACAGAGAGGAUCAUGGGAAUGUAGGAGGAGUUAGCGAGCAGUCGGCCUCAUACAGUACAGGAGAAGUUACUACAGUGACACAAUAUCCAUCUAUUAAGACUGAAGACAACCCCUGGUGGGAUAGAGGAAACCGUACAGAGCCCAAGGUCCACAACCAUAUGGAUCAUACAAUGUGUGGAUCUCCUCAUGUAAUGGAGGAACCGGGGUCUUGUAAGGAACGAAACGUCAGAAACCCCAAUAUUUAUACUCUCAUUGAUCAAACCCCUCAAUAUCCAUUGACUCAUAUUAAGGAGGAACCAGGGUCAUAUGAUGAAGAGAACGUCACAGAACCCAACAGUUAUAGAACUACAGAUCAUCCACAAGACCCAACAACUCAUAUUAAGGAGGAACCACUCUUAUGUGAUGGAGAGAACGUCACAGAACCCAACAGUUAUAGAACUACAGAUCAUCCACAAGACCCAACAACUCAUAUUAAGAAGGAACCAGGGUCAUAUGAUGGAGGAAAUAUCAUAGAACCCAACAGUUAUAUAUCUACAGAUCAUAGACAAGACCCAACAACUCAUAUUAAGGAGAAACCAGGGUCAUAUGAUGGAGGAAAUAUCAUAGAACCCAACAGUUAUACACCUAUAGACCAUACACAAGAUACAACAACUCAUAUUAAGAAGGAACCAGGGUCAUAUGAUGGAGGAAAUAUCAUAGAACCCAACAGUUAUAUAUCUACAGAUCAUACACAACGAGAUCCAACAACUCAUAUUAAGGAGGAACCAGGGUCAUAUGAUGGAGGAAAUAUCAUAGAACCCAACAGUUAUAGAACUACAGAUCAUACACAACGAGAUCCAACAACUCAUAUUAAGGAGGAACCAGGGUCAUAUGAUGGAGAGAACGUCACAAAACCCACCAGUUAUAGAACUACAGAUCAUAUUAAGAAGGAACCAGAGUCACAUGAUGGAGAGAACUUCACAGAACCCAACAGUUAUAGAACUACAGAUCAUACACAACGAGAUCCAACAACUCAUAUUAAGGAGGAACCAGUCCUCUGUGAUGGAGAGAACGUCACAGAACCCAACAGUUAUAUAUCUACAGAUCAUAUUAAGAAGGUACCAGAGACAUCUGAUGGAGGAAAUAUCACAGAUCCCACCAGUUAUAUAUCUACAGAUCAUACGCAAGAUACAAUUUAUAUUAAGGAGGGACCAGUAUUAGACAGAACAUCAUCGUUACAAAGACACAAAUCUUCACCUGAGGGACCAGAAGACAAAGACGUCAGGAAGAAAAGGAAGAAGACCGGAGACCAGGACGACCCUGAUAUAACAACGAGCAGCGAGAAGUAUUUCUGCACCAUUCAGCAGACGACAGAUUCAUUGGAGAUUCUCUAUAACUGCCCCGAAUGUCCGGAACGUUUCACCAGAAACUUGGACCUCGCCAAGCACCAGAUCAUCCACACCGGUGGGAUGCCGUUUAUUUGUUCCGUAUGUGGCAGAUGUUUUAGGGGUAAAUCGGAUCUUCUCAUCCACCAGGCGUCGCACGGGGCCAGUAACUACUUUGUAUGUCCGCGCUGCGACCUUUCCUUUGCCUCCCAAUCAUCUCUUUUCAUACACGAGAAAACUCACCAACAGAAGAAGCCGCUGCCCUGCCCAGACUGCGGUAAAACAUUUCCCACCAAAAAGAGGCUCACCGGGCACCGGCAAAUCCACAGCGACGUGAGACCCUACAAAUGCCUGAAAUGUGGUGAUACCUUCAAGAGGAAAGCCCACCUUCAGAAACACCAAACCAUUCAUGAGAAAGCAAAACAGCAGCGGGCCUGCAUCCGGUGCGGAGACCAUGUCAGGAGUUAAAGGGGUACUCCCCCUGGAAAACAUUAUAUAUAUUUUUUAAAUCAACUGAUGACAGAAAGUUAAACAGAUUUGUCAACUAGAACAACAAUAGGAGACGUAGGU